AUGCAAGCAGCAAAAAAAGUUUUUCGUUAUUUGAAAGGAACGGUGGAGUUGGGUGUGUUCUAUAAGAGAGGAGGUGCUGAAGAAUUGUUGGUGUAUACUGACAGCACGCCAGGUGCUAAGGAACUGUUGGCAUAUACCUACAGCGAUUAUGCCGAAGACACUGAUGAUAGGAAGAGUACGUCCGGUUACGUGUUUGUGUUAAGUGGUGGAGCAGUUUCGUGGUCUUCAAGGAAACAACUUAUGGUGACGUUGUCUACCACUGAGGCGGAGUUUGUGGCAGCAGCUUCAUGUGCCUGUCAAUGUGUGUGGAUGCGAAGGGUUCUAGAGAAGAUUGGCCAUUCACAAGACAAGUGCACCACCAUAAUGUGUGAUAACAGUUAA